AUGAAGUCACUUCUCGCUCUCCUCUUCUCCACCCUUCUUAUCACGGCGUACGCAGGUCCUCCACCAGGUGCUCCAUCCGGCCCUCCGUCUGAACAUAGUUGGGGCCAUCCACAGUGGAAGCCGCGAGGCAGCUACGGACCGCCCAUCGCCCAUAACGCCACCUUUCUUCCUGACCACAUCCUCCAUCUCACCUACGAGAAUGUGUCAAUCGGCUGCCAAUUUCGGCCAAGUGUUCUCAUCAACGGCACCCCACCUGCGCCUGGGCUGCGACUGCGGCCAGGCCGGACGAGCUGGAUCAGGCCAUCUUUAGCGACGGCGCCCACUGCAACACAAUGGCCGAUUCCACCCCUCCACUUCCUCGACUACGAAGUGCACCCUCUCAUCAACGACUUCGGGACCUACUUCUACCACUCGCACGUCGGGUUCCAGGCGGUUAGCGCUACUGGGCCGCUCAUCGUAGAAGACAGGGGCGUACCGCCGUACGCUUAUGAUGAGGAGAGGGUUGUACAAUUCACAGAUUACUUCAACAAAACGGACCCUGUAAUUGAGCAGGGACUGGUGUCGAACCCAUUCACGUGGAGUGGGGAGACGAAUGCGAUCUUGAUCAAUGGCGUCGGCGUGUCCGUUGGCGAGAAAGCAGGUACACCGCACUGCUCCCUCCCCGUGAUCAACGUUGAUGCCGGCAAGACGUACCGAAUGCGCUCCAUCGGCAGCUCAGCACUAAGCAUGGUCCAAUUGGCAAUCACGAAUCACACCAACUUCACAAUCGUCGCUGCUGACGGCCAGUACACAAGGCCGUACACCGAAUCGUACAUGCAAGUCUCGACGGGCCAGCGCUUCGAAGUCAUAUUUAAGGCCAAAUCGGCGGUGGAGCUCGGCGGCCAAACAGACUUCCUCAUUCGAUUCGAAAGCAAGGAUCGACCGACAGUCUAUCACGGCUACGGCGUCCUGCGAUACAACAACGCUACCGCUCAGAUCAACACGGGGCCAGCGACUCCGCCGUUCGCUUUGCCUAACGCCACUUACGCAUGGCUGAAAUACGCUCUCGAGCCGCUUGUGCCCAACAACUUUCCCUACCGCCAGCGAAGCACCUAUACCGACAUCUGGCGUCUGAACGGUCUGCAAUGGAAUACAUCUUCCAGCCCCUACCCGGGUGACAAGCCUUACUUUGUAAACAUCUACGAGAAUGGACCUUCAGCCGUGCCCAACUUGACGGCCGCCGUGGACGAGACGGGAGGCUGGGAUCCAGUAUCUCUAACAUGGCCGGCGAAGUUGGGUGAGGUGCUCGAGAUCAUCUGGUACAACACCGGUUCGCUCGUGCUCAACAACGGCGAUAUUGGAAGCGGGAAUGGGACGUACGACGUCGACGCCAAUGAGGCCAAGUUGGCAAACUACACGCCUGUCCUGCGAGACACCACCAACUUGUACCGGUACGAGGCGCAAAGCAUCGCCAACUACACCACCGGCUGGCGAGGCUGGCGGUUACGGGUCGACGACCCUGGUGUUUGGAUGAUACACUGCCACACGCUGCAACAUAUGCUCAUGGGUGUGCAGAGUGUGUGGGUAAUGGGCGACUACGAGCAGAUUGCGCGCAUUCCCUGGCCGGAUGCGGCCGGGUAUCUGGAGUAUGGUGGCAAUUCGUAUAGGAAUGCUACGUAUGCGCCGAGCUAUGUGCAUCAGUUCCAAGAGUAA